CUCUAUGACCCGGAUGUGAUUCCGCCGAGCAAUGGUGGGUGAGCGGAUCUGGAUUGCGUCCCUCAUGUAAACAACACAUUAAGCGCACUCCUUUGUUUUAAGGACAGAAAACCAGCGGCGAUCAGGAGCAUGAGAUUAUCUCGCGAAAGUCUCCUCAUCUGAGAAAUAAACAUGUCGAUGGAAGAUCCGUUUUUUGUGGUGAAAGGGGAGGUGCAGAAGGCCGUGAACAACGCUCAAGGGCUUUAUCAAAGAUGGAUGGAGUUAUCACAGGACCCGGGUGGUGCCACCAAGGAGGAAGUUGACUGGACCACCAAUGAGCUGCGAAACAGCUUGAGGUCCAUUGAAUGGGACCUGGAGGAUCUGGAUGAGACCAUCAGUAUUGUGGAGUCUAAUCCAAAGAAGUUCAAUCUGGAUAUGAUGGAGCUGGCCAAGAGAAAAGCUUUCAUUACUAGUACACGGCAAACAGUCAAGGAACUGAAAGACCACAUGACUAGUCCAGCGGGAAUUUCGGUAUCAGAGAAGAAGAAUCGACAGACUUUGAUGGGCGACGGUGGGUCCCGUGGCCCAAUCUGGCAACCCAGCAGUGAUAAGUACACUAGACUUGAUAAUGACCUGCAGUCCGCAAACAACCAGUUCAUUGACGAUCAACAGAAUCAGCAACAGCUUAUUGCGGAAAAGCAAGACGAGCAAUUAGAGCUGGUGUCAGGAACCAUCGGCGUCCUUAAGAACAUGUCUCAAAGGAUCGGUCAUGAACUAGAUGAGCAGGCUGUGAUGCUAGAUGACUUUUCACACGAGAUGGACAACACUCACUCCAGGAUGGAUAAUGUUAUGAAGAAACUGGCUAAGGUUUCUCACAUGACCAGUGAUCGAAGACAGUGGUGUGCUAUCGGCAUUCUGGUGGCUAUCCUGUUUGUUGUGAUAAUCCUCCUCAUUGUUCUGUGAACAAACCACUACAGCCCUUUACCUGCAUAUAUUCACAAUUAAGGUGCUUGGAAGGGAGAAAACAAACAAAAACAUUUGCCUCUUCAUCUCUAUUCCAUUACACUGUAUUAUGAUGCUGCUUAAUACUUUCUUUUUAGUUUCCCUAUGAAUAAAGAGUGUCGCAAAUGUGCAAAAUACAGAACAAGAAAUGAACGGUUUAGAAGUAGUGAGGUAACGCAGGGUAAGUCGUGCAUUUAUUUCAAAUGGACCAUUAUUUUUUACACAAGGUUGUACGAACGUAUAGCGAUGUCUAGGGCUACUAAAAAAUUAAUGUUUAUUAUCUUUACCGUGCACUACUGUAAUAGUAGCUUUAGACCAUUGUAAAUAAUCACCACUUAAUAUGAAGCUCUAAAGCCCCGUUCAGACUGCAAGCGACUAGCGGUGGCAGAGCAACACGAUCUUAUUCAUUUCAGUGGAAGUGUUGGUGACUUCCUGUGACACGAGCAACAGCAAGUGGGCGUAUCCAGCGAUGUGACAAAGUUGAGGAAAGUUUAAUUUUAUGCAAAUGAUAAGUGACUACCAAUGAGAGUGAACACCUCCUAACGACCUCAUUGAAAGAGAGGGGCGACACGUGGCGAGAAAGUUGCUAGUGGUCUGAACGGGGCGUUACAUGUUAACACUGGACAAACAGAUGCUGUUUAAGCAGGUAUGUUACUAAUUAUACUAAGUUAGCUUAAAAGUCUUUCUUUCUGUGUGCUUUGUUUACCUCGACUUAUUGUGAAACAUUUAUUAGUGAGAUUAUAGUAUGAAGGUUUCGGCACUUCACAAACUAUGUUUUUAAACAUUGAAGGUAUUGUUAUGAAUAACUGCUCAUAUAGGCUAACAACUAAAUCCAAAAACAGUUUACUUGUGUUUUAUAGUUUGGUAUUAUUGGAUCUUUACUCUGUGAAUUGCGUGACAAUUGUUUAUGAUUUAUGCGUAGGAAGUCAACGAGACGAUCACUUCAGGUUUUAGACUAAAGUGAAUUUGACUACGUAGUUGGAUUCUGUAAAGUUAAGUCAGUAUCUAGCCAGUGCCUUAGGUGUAAGGAGGGUCGACUUGCAUUUCAUUUUAAAACGCAGAGCGCUCUUGACACGACACUUGGUAGUAUUUCUUAUAUUUUAAACAGUAUCGCGCAUAUUCAGUUAAUGCCUAGCUUCGGUCCGUUCAUAUUUACACUAACUCGAUUUGUAUUUUUACUGCUCUAUAAAGCAGCAGUCAAUAGUAUGCAAAUCAUUGUAUUCAUUUGUUGGCUUUGUCGUAAGAGCGAUAAUACACACAUUAUGUGUAAAACAUGGAGCACAUUUAUCUUAUUAGAUAUCAUGGUUUGUUUCAUUUUAUUUUGUUUAAAUCUCUUGAAAGAGUUUUAUGAAGAAAUGUUUAAAAAAAUGUCAUAUUUCACCAGAAAUAACACAAAAAUGUUUUGCAUGAAUAAAAACCUUUCACUUUUAGACAUAUUACGUUUUUUGCAUUGUGAUAUGACGAUGUAAUGCAUUUACUGUAAUGAAAACAAAAUCUCAGUACUUUAAAGGCCGUUUACGUACGGUUUUAUGUGUACGCGAAUAUACGCGCAGUCGAGCGUACAGCAUUGUUUAUUAGACUCGUAUAUGUACACAGAUGUUCGAAAUACGCGCACACGUAAGUAUCUGAUGAUGAUAUUUGCGUCAUGUGCACUGUAUCCGGACCCUCGCAUAUGUGUAAAAACUAGCUUGAUGCAGUCAUUUUUAAAGGAUAAGCAUAAAGUAAUUUGAAUGUAUAAAAUACAACAUUAUGCAUAUGUUUAUUUCUAACAUCAAUAAUAUUUUUUAUCUAACUAACAUAAAAACAUGAUUUAAAAAAAAUUGUUUUUAUUAUUAUUUAGGUGAAAUAUGACAUGAGCAUGGGUUAAUGAAAGUGAGAUUUACUUUCUCUAUAAAUGUUACAUAACUGUAUGUUUUUAAGCAAUCACUCCACUGUUUGAAUACAGGGACUUUACAGUAUUUUAACUCAAUAUUUUUGGUUGGUCGAUAAAAUAGUGUUACAUGAUACCGACUGCCGUUUGUCACAUGAUGCGACAUGUCAUUUCUGAUUGGUUUAAAGUAUUAUUCCAAAUAUUGCUCUGUAAAUUAUGCAAAUGUACAAUAUGAAUAAACGGCAAGAUCACUGGUGGGUGCACAUAAAGAUCAAGGUUGUGAACGUCUGAUAAACGCUGUUCUUCCUGACUGUGUGAAAUUUUGUUGUGUUUGUUUGACCCGUCUCUUUUGUUGAUUUUUGUCUGUUAGAAAAUGUAUGUAUAAAUAACCUUAUGUUCUCCCACAACCUGCAGUUUUUGUCAAUGUGUAAAAUCCUAAACCCGAAUUAAAACAAAUCACUAACA